AUGGUUGCAGGCAGGAAUGAUGAUGCUAUUGCUGAGGCAUUGGCGAUGUUGGUUGGUGCUAUUGGUCAGAUCCCUCCAGCGAAUGCGGGUAACCGGAACGGGGAUGAUGAUGAGUACCGUGCUUUAGGGAGAUUCCAUAGGAAUAAUCCUCCUGUCUUUGAGGAUGAUCAUGAACCUGAUAAAGCUCAAGCUUGGCUGAAGGCGAUUGAGAAGAUCUUCAGAGUUAUGAACUGUACUGAUGCUCAGAAAGUGAAGUUUGGUACUCAUAUGCUGGAAAAGGAAGCUGAAGAUUGGUGGAACAACACUCUUCAGAGGUUUGAAGAAGAUGGCAUUGAGGUUACUUGGGAUCUUUUCCGUGAUGUCUUCUUAGAGAACUAUUUUCCUGAAUAUUGUCGUGGGAAGAAAGAGGUGGAGUUCCUUGAGUUGAAGCAAGGAAAUGGUACUGUUGCUGUUUAUGCUGCUAGGUUUCAUGAGCUUAUCAAGUAUUGUCCCCACUAUAAUACUGAUAAAUCUGAGAGAUCUAAAUGUUUGAAGUGA